CAUGACAACGGCUAAAGUGCCCCUGGAAUUGGGCUACAAGUUAGACUACGAGCCGUCAGCACCGCGGAUCAGUAAGAAGGAUUUGCUGAUGUUUCUUGCGUUCCUGCUGCUGACUGAGGGAGGCGGUGCUAUUAUCGGGAUAGCAUCUGCUGGCCAGAUCGCUACAUGGUACAAAGAUCUGGUUAAGCCAUCCUGGAACCCACCAAACUGGCUCUUCGGGCCCAUGUGGACUACUCUAUAUUUCCUGCAGGCCGUCUCCGCUUUCAUGAUCUGGAAGAGCAUCGGAUUUAAGAAGGCUCUACCCUGGCUCCUAUUCUUCACUCAGUUGGCCCUGAAUUUUGCUUGGACACCCAUCUUCUUCAUAGCUCACCAACUCCUUUGGGCAUCAGUGGAAAGCACAUUCCAAGCAUUCUUUAUCCUGUUCACGAUAACGAUAUUCGGUGACAUAAACAAGACAGCAGGGCUCCUCUUGUUGCCUUACUUGGCCUGGGUUACCUUCGCUACUUACCUUUCCUUCACCAUCUGGCAACUGAACCCUGAAACUCUGGGAUUGUGGAUCAUAUUCGAUUGAUGUGGGGC